CUCACUCUAGAUAAUCAUGGGGCAGUCGCCAGAGACCACAUGGCCAACGAGCGCACGUUUUUGGCGUGGCUACGAACAUCGCUUUCACUCGUGACCAUCGGUGUAGGCACAGUGCAGCUCCUCAAACUUGAAAGCGAGUCGCAGAAUUUGAGCCGGUUUGCUGUGCCCUUGGGAGCCAGUUUCAUAAUGGUCGGAAUGCUCACUUUGGUGAUGGGCUCAUUUCGGUACUUCCGGGUGCAAUCAAUGUUGCUCUCCUCGUUAUAUCCUGCAUCGCAGUUCCUGGUGUCGGUUCUAGCAGCGGCGGUCUUUCUACUUGUGGUAGUGACUUUAGGUCUG